UUCAGAGCUGUGAUUUUCACAUCUAUCCUCUAUGUGCGCACUUUGUCUAAACGUAUUAAGGCUACGGUGCUCUAUGCAACUGAGACUGGAAAAUCGGAGCAGUAUGCCAAGCAGUUGGCUGAAUUACUGGGACAUGCCUUCAAUACACAUACUUACUGCAUGGCCGACUAUGAUAUCUCCAGCAUAGAGCACGAAUCACUUCUGUUCGUAGUUGCGUCUACAUUUGGCAAUGGAGAUCCACCAGAAAAUGGCGAGCUGUUCUCGCAAGAUUUGUAUGACCUGCGUGAAAAUGCGGAAACGGCCAAGGAUAAAAGUGUGGAUAUUACAUCACCGAAGGUCCAACGCCUGAACCUGGAUGAAUUGAAGAAAACUGAGCCGCUAAGAAAAUUAAACUUCGCCGUUUUUGCGCUUGGCUCGAGCACCUACCCGAACUUCUGCGCCUUCGGUAUCUAUUUGGACCGAAUUAUUGGUGAGCUCGGCGGGCAGCGCCUUUUCGAGGUCACCUGCGGUGAUGAAAUGUGUGGCCAAGAGCAAACUUUCCGCAAAUGGGCACCUGAAGUUUUCAAAUCUGCUUGCCAAACGUUCGAUGUAGACUACUCAGAAGGCUUGUCGGAUGCGUUCCACGACGACACGCUAACCGCCAGCACAGUGCGUAUGGUGCCAUCACAGCGCGAGGGCACCAUCGACCAGCUGCUUUCGAAAUAUCACAACAAGAAGGUGCAACGCUACAAAAUGAAGUCUGCACCGCGCAAUCUAACCAAACUUGCCGAAGAUGACAAACCGACCAUUUUAGUAGAAAUCUAUGCGCCUGGUUUGGAUUAUGAGCCCGGUGAUCAUGUUGGUAUAUUCCCGGCUAAUUCUACGAACAUUGUGAAUGGUGUUUUGGAACGUUUGACCGGUUUCGAGGACCCCGAUGAAGUGCUGCAAGUGCAGGUGAUGAGGAAGAAGAAGACACCCAACGGCACCUUCAACUGCUGGGAACCACAUGACAAAAUACUCGCGGAAACGCCACGCGGCCUAUUGACACAAUUCUUUGACAUAACUACGCCUCCACAGCUGGAGCUGCUAAAUUUGCUGGCCGACUUCUGCGACGACAAUUAUGACACAGAGCGUCUGCAGAAGCUGGGCACAGACAACGCUGCCUACGAGGAGUGGCGCCAGUUGUAUUUGCCCACUCUACUCACUGUAUUGGAACAAUUCCGUUCAUGUAAGCCACCCGCCGGUUUGCUCUUCGGCAACCUCAUGCCUUUACAGUCGCGUUUCUACUCCAUCUCCUCAUCGCCGCGUAAGGUUAUUAACGAAAUCCAUUUGACUGUGGCCGUUGUCAAGUACAAGAAUCAACGCGGUAACGAGCGUUUUGGCGUUUGUUCCAACUACCUGACCAACAUGAAGGAGCAGGAGCCAUUGUACUUCUUCGUACGCAGUGCACCCGGCUUCCAUUUGCCCAAAGACUCCUCAGAGCCGAUGGUGCUUAUCGGACCUGGCACUGGCAUAGCGCCAUUCCGUUCCUUUUGGCAAGAGUUGGAGGUGUGGCGCGAAUUGAAGAUGCAACGCUCAAAGGUGUGGCUCUUCUUCGGUUGCCGUACGCGCGAGAUGAACUUGUACGCAGAAGAAAAGGCGCUGUUGGAGCGCGAAAAGAUCUUAGAUCGCGUAUUCUUGGCGCUGUCACGUGAUCUGGAGAUACCAAAGACUUACGUUCAGCACCAGAUUGAAAAUGAAUUUGAUUCUCUCUACCAACUGAUUGUCGAAGAGCGGGGACACAUUUACGUUUGCGGUGAUGUCACAAUGGCUGAGGAUGUCUGUGGGACAAUUAGGAAGUGUAUUGCUGCAAAGGAACAAAAAACUGAAACGGAAGUGGAGGCGUUUUUGCUAGCAUUACGACACGAAAACCGCUAUCAUGAAGAUAUUUUCGGUAUAACCUCACACGCAGGGGAGGCGCGCAAUAGAUCAACUCUUCAAUGGGGCUCGCGAACACUGAAUGCCUUGUAAGCAUGCUUUUAACGCUGGAUCACUGGAUUUAAUUAAGUGAUUAAAAAAUAAACACAUCAAAAGCUGAGGAGUGCUGGACACUAUUUCAUUUUUCUGCAACGAAAUUUUAGAAAAUGUCCCAUCAAAUGCGUGACGCAAAAUUAAUGCCAUACACAAUAUACAUAUAUAUGUGUGUAAAUUAUUUUCAUUUUACAUAUUAUAAAUUAUCAAACCAUAUUGCAUUUACUUAAAAUAUUAUUUUUAUAUUUAGAUUUACAUAAAUGAAUACUAAAAUUAUUAAAAAUAUUUGAUACAUAAUUUUUGUGUUAAAGAUUAAUAUCUUAAAUUCCUAAUAUUUUUUUCCUUUGUAUAAUAGUUAUUUAAGAGAUAUCACUAACUUUUUAUAAUUAUCGUUCGAACAUGAAAUACUCAUCAGUUUUAUACACACAUUUUUUAUUAUUGCCUCUAUAUAUAUAAUAUAUUCAUAUAUAUGU